AUGCUAUCUGCUAGAAAUAUUUUGAAUAAAAGAUCCGUUGGUUCUUCAAUAAAAUUAGCUGCCCGUUUCAACAGUUCCUCUACGAAGACUAAAGGUCCAGUUAUCGGUAUCGAUUUGGGUACUACAAACUCCGCCGUCGCCAUCAUGGAAGGUAAAAUCCCAAAGAUUAUCGAAAAUGCUGAAGGUGCCAGAACUACUCCUUCUGUCGUUGCCUUCACCAAGGACGGCGAAAGAUUGGUCGGUAUUCCAGCCAAGAGACAAGCUGUUGUCAACCCGGAAAACACUUUGUUCGCCACUAAGAGAUUGAUUGGUAGAAGGUUCGAAGAUCAAGAAGUCCAAAGAGACAUCAAACAAGUCCCAUACAAGAUUAUCAAGCACACUAACGGUGACGCCUGGGUCGAAGCCAGAGGCCAAAGCUACUCUCCAGCUCAAAUUGGUGGUUUCGUUUUGAACAAGAUGAAGGAAACUGCUGAGGCUUAUCUAAGUAAGACCGUCACGGACGCCGUCGUUACCGUUCCAGCCUAUUUCAACGAUUCUCAAAGACAAGCCACUAAGAACGCCGGCCAGAUUGUCGGUUUGAACGUCUUAAGAGUUGUGAAUGAGCCAACUGCCGCCGCUUUGGCUUACGGUUUGGAGAAAUCUGAAUCUAAAGUUGUCGCCGUCUUCGAUUUAGGUGGUGGUACUUUCGAUAUCUCCAUUCUAGAUAUCUCAAAUGGUGUCUUCGAAGUCAAGUCUACUAAUGGUGACACCCAUUUAGGUGGUGAAGAUUUCGAUAUUAUCCUAUUAAGAGAAAUCGUCAAGAAAUUCAAGUCCGAAAGCGGUAUUGAUUUAGAAAAUGACCGUAUGGCCAUUCAAAGAAUCAGAGAAGCUGCUGAAAAGGCAAAGAUUGAAUUAUCUUCAACUGUCUCUACAGACAUUAACUUACCAUUUAUUACAGCCGACGCUUCCGGCCCAAAGCAUAUCAACUUGAAGUUCUCUAGAGCUCAAUUCGAAACUUUAACCGAACCAUUAAUCAAGAGAACCGUGGACCCAGUCAAGAAGGCCUUGAAGGAUGCUAACCUAUCUACUUCUGAUAUCUCCGAUGUUAUCUUAGUCGGUGGUAUGUCAAGAAUGCCAAAGGUCAUUGAAACUGUUAAAUCUUUAUUCGGCAAAGAACCAUCAAAGGCUGUUAACCCAGAUGAAGCCGUCGCCAUUGGUGCCGCUAUUCAAGGUGCUGUCUUAGCUGGUGAAGUUAAAGAUGUCUUGUUAUUGGAUGUUACUCCAUUGUCUUUAGGUAUCGAAACUUUAGGUGGUGUCUUCACAAGAUUGAUUCCAAGAAACACUACUGUUCCAUGUAAGAAGUCUCAAAUCUUCUCUACUGCCGCCGCUGGUCAGACUUCUGUUGAAAUUAGAGUCUUCCAAGGUGAAAGAGAAUUAGUUAGAGAUAAUAAAUUAAUCGGUAAUUUCACCUUAGCCGGUAUCCCUCCAGCUCCAAAGGGUGUCCCACAAAUCGAAGUUUCUUUCGACAUUGAUGCUGAUGGUAUCAUUAACGUCUCUGCCAGAGACAAGGCCUCCAACAAGGAUGCUUCCAUCACCGUUGCAGGUUCCUCCGGUUUAUCUGAUGCUGAAAUUGAACAAAUGGUUAACGAUGCCGAAAAGUUCAAGACUCAAGAUGAAGCCAGAAAGAAGUCUAUUGAAACCGCUAACAAAGCCGAUCAAUUAGCUAAUGACACAGAAAACUCUUUGAAAGAAUUUGAAGGUAAGAUCGAUAAGGUCGAAGCUCAAAAGGUUAAGGACCAAAUUACUCAAUUAAGAGAAUUCAUCGCUAGAGUUCAAGCUGGUGAAGAAGUUAACUCUGAAGAAUUAAAGACCAAGACCGAUGACUUACAAACAUCAUCUAUGAAGUUAUUUGAACAGAUGUACAAGAAUGAAAAUAACAAUAAUAAUAAUAAUAACAAUUCUUCUGAUGCUAACCCAUCUGGCGAAUCCAAACAAUAA